GACCCGCCGCCAUCUCGCGGCUCGGCGGCGGCUGCGCGCUUCGGCCCGGCCCGGCCCGGCUCGGCUCGGCUCGGCUCGGCCGGCUCGGCCCGGCCAAGCCAUGGCCGCCUCCGCUUUCUGCUGCCUCCGCUGGUGCCGGGAUGGCGGCGCCGGCCACAUGCUGAAGGAGAUGCCGGCGGUGCAGCUCGACACGCAGCGCAUGGGAACAGAUGUUGUCAUUGUUAAAAACGGCAGGAGAAUAUGCGGCACGGGAGGCUGCCUAGCCAAUGCACCUUUGCAUCAGAACAAGAGCUAUUUUGAGUUUAAAAUCCAGUCCACAGGGAUUUGGGGUAUUGGAGUUGCAACCCAGAAAGCAAACUUGAAUCAAAUUCCACUGGGUCGAGACGUCCAUAGUCUGGUAAUGAGGAAUGAUGGAGCUCUGUAUUAUAACAACGAGGAGAAAAACAGGCUACCAGCGAACAACUUGCCACAGGAGGGCGAUGUGGUGGGCAUUACAUAUGACCAUGUAGAACUAAAUGUAUAUUUAAAUGGGAAGAACAUGCAUUGUCCAGCGUCUGGAAUCCGAGGGACUGUCUAUCCAGUGGUCUAUGUUGAUGACAGUGCCAUUCUGGAUUGUCAGUUCAGUGAAUUUUAUCAUACGCCUCCCCCAGGGUUUGAGAAGAUCCUCUUCGAGCAGCAAAUCUUCUGAAUGUCUUCGUACUGAAAGUUUGCACCCUGCACUGUUAAGAAAAAGCUUUGUCAUCUUAAAUAAAGCUUCACAUUACCUUUAGGAAACA